AUGUCGUCGUUAAAUAUUGAUUCUCGUGAAUGGAAUAAAUUAUUUCCAUCAGAUAUUAAUACAGAAUCAGAUUCCAUCUUAUUUAUUCAUCGUCUAUUUACUGUAACUCUAUCAGUAUUAACUGCUAAACGACAUAUUUUUUCAAAUGAUCAUUUUUCAUCAAAAAAACUUGGUUCAUUAUUUGUUCCACUAUUUACUCGACCAACAUCUCUCAUCGAACAAAAACGAUUUAAUUCAACAGUUUUCUCAUGGAUUCAAGGUGUGUCUCAAGCUAUUACUCAAAGUUAUUUAAAAUUAGCUACUUUUUUUGUGAUUUCAAAAAAAGAUGAUACAGUACUUGAAAUGUAUGAAUAUUAUUUUGCUUAUAAUAAUACUGGAUCAGAUACUCAUAAUGAAAGUUUUUUAAGUACAACAUCAACGGAUGAUAUUCAACAACAAGUUUUCAAAGCAAUCGAACAAAUCAAUCAAUUUAUUGAUGAACGUCUUGAGCCAAUUAUUAAUCGUUCAGAUUAUCGUUUUUGUCUUAAAAUUCAAUAUAAUACAUCAAUAACACCUAAUGAUUAUCAACCAACAGGUUUUAUUGAUUCAUGUGAAAUAAUUUCACCAGUUAAUUGGAAAAAAAUUCUAACAACAAAAAUACAAAGUUCAAGAAAAAUUUUAGCACAAAUUAAAACAACACAUCAUAAAAUGUUACUUGUAUUUCGAACACCAACAUUGAAUUCAACUUUUAGAAAAUAA